AUGCCUGCCGGUGAUUCUGAGUACGGAUCCAGAUAUGGUGGGAGGACUGAGAUCGGUGGCGGAGGCGGAUAUGGCAGGAGGAUUGAGAUCGAGUACGGAUUUGGCAGCGAUGGCGGCGGGAGGACAGAGACUGAAUACAGAUCUGGUGGCGGCGGAUACAGCGGGAGGACAAAGACUAAAUACGGACCUGGCAGCGACGGAUAUGGUCGAAGAACCGAAUAUGAGCAUGGAUCGGGUUACAGGCGCCGGCAGCCGGAAUCCGAGUACGGAUCUGGCUAUGGCCGUAAGCAGGAACCCGAAUACGGCUGGCAGCCGGAGUCUGAGUACAUAUCUGUUAUGACCGUAACCAGGAAUCCGGGUACGGUGGCAAGACUGAAUCCGAAUACGGGUCGGGUUAUGGAGGGAGGACUGAGUCCGAGCAUGGAUCUGGUCACGGUCGCCGGACUGUAUCAGAGAGACAGUGCGUAUGGCUCUGGAGGUUACCGGAGACAAGAUAGCUCCGAGAAACCUGCUUAUGGGAUGCGCCACAAUGAUGAUUACGAUCACGAUGACAAGGAGGAGAUGAUCCUUCAGAAAAUCACAAGAAUACUGAUUAGCAGAGACAUUUAUGACAUUGCAGCCCUUUGCUCUGCCAAUGAGAGAUCGUUCUUCAAAGCUUGUGGGUUUGGAGAUGACAUUUUGGGAUCUACCACAAUGAUGUACACAAGGACUGCUCCAACCUGUGAUAAUGCUGGUGGAGAUUAUCAGAAUCACAUGGCGAAACGUGUAGGUAGAAAACUCUUGCUAAUUCCACCUCCCAGAGAGUUACCUUCUCUUAAGGUAACUGUUGGAGAAUCUGCAGAGGACUGAGCUUGUAUAGUUCAACUCCACAGCCAUUUGGAUAGAAUAUAGACUACAGCAGAGAUCCCAGUCCCAGGUAGAAAAGUAAAGGCAAAAGUUCAGUUCUUUUGAUGAGCAUCUCUAUGUGCAUUCGUCCACUCUGAUUCCUGCAAUGGGUGGUAAGAUAUGGGUAGAAGUAAGUCUCAUCUCUGCUCGAGGCGUUAGGCGUUCUUAUUCCCUCUGGAAGAGGCAGUUGUUUCCUGCUGUUUGGAUUGUUCCCGAUAACAAGUGCUGCACGCCUGCACCAACAUCGCAAAAGAUGGCUCUGGAAAUGCAAACCCCACAUGGAAGACCAAGUUUGCUGCUUUGCUGGAUGAUACGAUUUCCAGGACAUGGCGCUAACUGUUGAAGUCUAUAGUCAAGAGCCCAUUUUCCUCAGGGAAAGCCUUUGAAGGGACCGCGACCAUCCUCUUUGAAGAGUCUCUGGCAAAGUACAGCAACAAGAAGGCCUCCUCCUCAUCUGGGUCUGAAGAAGUCGGGAGCUACCAGCUGUGCAAACGAAACUCUAACAAACCCCAGAUUUUGUUGAUGUUUCGAUCCGGAUCACCGAGGAAAGAGAAGAACCUAGUUCACACCUGGUUACAGGUACUCGUGGAAUUGUCUUGUUGCAUGCAAUGUAGUAAAAAUCCCAAGUCAACUCCUAUGCUUGCUAGUACAUCAAUGAACUUGGU